UCCUGGGAUCCCUUCCACGUGCCCCUUGGCUGCUCUUACUUUCUAGCAGGUGAACAGGACUAGGAGGCAGGCCCACCCAUCUGCAGUACUGUGACAAAUUGAUUAACAGGUUGGCCAGGGACAGAGGUACCUGCUGGCGCUUGGGUCCAAAGACCUUCUUACAGGUCUUGUAACAAAGCCUCGCGCCCCCUAUAGCUUGCUGUGGGGUUGAGAUGGCUAUUGGUGCUGGGCAGCAGGGAGGCCUCAUGUUGCCCUCUGGGAAUUGGGAUGAAUGCACUUGCCUUGCUCACCCUGCGCCCAUCCUGCCCGAGCAGGGAGCCCUGAUGGACGCAAGAGCGGAGCGGAGCCCGUCCUGACCCCUGCCCCACGCGGCUGCCCCGUGCCAGGCCCUGUGACUAUGGAUGAGUGGAAACCCAACCCCGUCGUCAAGCCGCACAAGAAGCGGAGCUGGUAUCUUGCUUGGAAGUACAAGCUGAUGAACCAGCGGGCGCUGCGGAAGCUGUGUCAGACAGGUGCUGUCCUUUUCCUGCUUGUGACUGUGAUUGUGAACAUCAAGCUGAUCUUGGACACCAGGAGAGCUGCUUAUGAGGAUGAAGAGGAGUCCACGCAGGACUAUGACGAUGAGAUGCUGAACGUGGAGGUCCCUAGGCACCCUGCCAGCUCCAGGAAGGUCUUGGAUGUUGAAGUGUACUCCAGCCGAUCGAAAGUCUAUGUGGCUGUGGAUGGGACGACGGUCUUGGAAGAUGAGGCUCGGGAGCAGGGAAGAGGGAUCCAUGUCAUCGUCUUAAAUCAAGCUACGGGUCACGUGAUGGCCAAGAGGGUCUUUGACACCUAUUCUCCCCAUGAAGAUGAAGCCAUGGUACUCUUCCUCAAUAUGGUUGCCCGGGGCCGGAUUCUGAUCUUCACCAUUAAGACCAUCGCUGCACCAUUACGUCAUAGGAGCUCGAUGCUGGGGAAUAUCUACAGAUUCACUCGUGUGGCAGUUCAGCCUCUGGUUCAGUCUCCUCAGGCCCGGAUUGAGGGGGAUGCAGCGGAUCCGAUGACGUUUCCAGAAAGAAACGCUCCAGAUAAUGUUUCAUACACUGCGUUUCAUCAAAAAAGCAUUUAG